UGUUCUGCAGGCUAUUCUUUUCAUUGGAUUUAUAGUCAAGAGAAAAAGUUACAAAUGAAACAAAUUUUAGUAAAUGAUGCAUUUUGCAAGCUUAAGAUGUGUAGCCUGGGUUGGUGGAGUUUAGAACAACACACGUAUUACAUUUCUAAAUUAAGGCUAAGGGCACCCACAAAAACUUUAAUCUGCCAUUUGCUUUUGUUUGAAUAGUUACUUACUUUUAUGUAUAUAGUUUCAUCACAAACUUGGAAGUUAGCUCCACAUUAAUGUGAAAUUUUCCUUAGGGAGUGAAAGAGUAAAUGAAAUUUAACAAGAAAGGAUAAUUAGAAUAUAUAUGGGUUGUUGAUCGAGCAAGUUUAAUUGGCCAAAGGAUUUAUUAUAUGGAAAAAGAACACUAUUUUCUUGUGAGACCUAGCGGGUUAUCCCGAACAGGCAAUAUAGCGCCAUCUGGCCUACUCUGCAGGUAGUCAGUCACAGUGCACUGGAUUCGGUUAACCUUGCCCACUCACAGAGCUAGCUGUUUCAUUAUCACAGUUAUUCAAUGUGUAACAUUUCUUUCAGAUCCAAGGUGAAAAUACAGUCAUGGCAAAUGUACAAAGUGGUGUGGCGACUGCAAAUGCCAAUGUACGUUACCGUGGAAUGAUUGGGUCCAUGAUAACUGUUGCAAAAACUGAUGGCUUUCGUUCCCUGUACAAAGGACUUGUGCCAGGAAUUCACCGACAACUAUGCUUUGCUAGUAUUAGGAUAGGACUCUAUGAUUCAGUAAAAAAAUUCUAUGGUGAUGACGACGUCAACAAUCCAAAAGUCAUAAAGAAGAUUCUUGCCAGUUGUACGACAGGAGUCUUUGCUGUAUCGCUUGCUCAACCAACGGAAGUAGCUAAAGUGAGGUUUCAAGCCAGUGCCUCAAGAUUUGGAUCCGACAAGGCUUUAGAUGCUUAUAAGUCAAUUUUUAGAAAUGAAGGGAUUCGUGGGUUGUGGAAAGGUGCCUUUGCAAAUAUGGCUCGUCUCUCUACUGUGAAUGCCUCAGAGCUGGUUGUGUAUGAUAUGGUGAAAGGGUUUUUUCUAAGAAAGCAACUUAUGGAGGAUGAGUUCCCUUUGCACUUUGUAUCUGCCUUUGGUGCUGGUUUUGCUACCACUGUGAUAGCAUCACCUGUUGAUGUAGUAAAGACACGCUACAUGAACUCACCACCAAAUACUUAUAAGAGUGCUGUUCACUGUGCAUACAUGCUGUUGAAGCACAAUGGGCCUUUUGCUUAUUACAAAGGGUUUACUCCAAACUUCAUAAGACUGGGAUCUUGGAAUAUUGUCAUGUUCAUGUGCUUUGAACAGUUUAAGAGGUUGUUCAGUAAAUUCUCUUCGGAACACUAGAAGCAUAAAUCUUGUUAUUUUCAAUAAGUUGGCUCAGAAAUUUGUUUGCCACAGAUCUCUCUAAGGUGUUUAGAAACUGGAAUACAAAGAGACAUUAUUGGCCUAAAUGCUUGGGCUCCUGAGAAAGAGGGGUUUAUAUUAGAUAUUUUAAUAUAGUACGCAUUUUUAUUAUCUUCCACGUCACCUACUUGAAACUGUGUACAUGAUCUAUAUACAUUGUAUAAGUAAAUACAUUUUAAUUAUCUAGUUUUGCAAUUUCAAAACAUUUUGUACUCAGAAGGAUAUUUCUAGUCUCAAUGUGCAUCUGGUGGUUAGUGUUUGAAUGCCAUGACUUUUAAAGUGAUGUUUUAAGACUAUGAAAAAGUUGCACAUCCACUUUGACAACUUUAAGGAAGUGUAAAAAGUAGAUGUUUGCUAAUUUUAAGUUAAGUAUAAAGCUUGGUAUUUAAUUUAAAGUAAUGUUAAGCACAACAUUCAACUAUAACUGUAAAAAGUUGCACAUUCCAGUUUGGCAACAUCAAAGAAGUGUAUUUACAGUAGAUAUGUUUGCUAUUUUUGCUAUUGGUAAUUAUAAAGCUUGCUAUUUGUAUUUAUUAAAUACGCAAAUGUUAAACACAAUGUUAAAAUCAUUACCGGUAAACAACUUUAGUUUGUUUCAAUUUUUUUUCUUUGUUUGUGUGAGUGAGUGUAGUAGUAAUGUGUUGUAAAGUGACAUGGCAGGCAGUAGAAGAUCGGAAAGCUGAAAACUGGACCACAGGGUUUGUAACUGGUUGAAACCCUAAUAGAGAUGCAAUUCACAGAAUGGUGUAGGGUAUGUUAGUCAGGGUGUGUGGGAAUAUUUUUAAUGAUGCUAGUUGUCAAUAAUUAUAAUUGUAUUUAUUUAGCAAUUGUGGAGAUUCAGUGUCCAGAUGCAGUGCACAUGCAUGUGUGUGUGUGCAGUCAAUGGUGUUAUUGUUAAAAUAAUUGCUUAAGGCAUUAAUUUCUAGAAUUCUUCAGGGUCAGUUGAAAAGGAAAACUUGUGAGAGAAAAA